UAAAAAGUCCUUCAUUCCGACGCGACCAGCGAGUAACGACAUUUGAGCGCUGCGGAGAAAACGCUCGAAAUAGUCUCAAAAACGGCGGAUUACCAAACAACAAAAAAAAAACCACACAUAAAAUAAAAUAUAAUAAAAUAAGCAGCUGAGGAAAUGCAUAUAACAAAUCAAGCUCACAUUAAUGACAACAACAAUAACAAUAAUAACAACAAGAACAUCAGCAACAGCAGCAGCAGUAACAACAGCAGCGACAACAGCAGCAACAACACCAACAACAAACGACAGCAGCUAAAUAAAUUACAACAAAGCCAAUAAGAAUUUUCUCGCUUCACAAUUUUUUUUUCUUUUCGUUAGAAUUUUAUUUUCAUUCGUUUUUUUCCUGUGACAAAUUUCUUUUCGAGUGCGUGAACAAAAUAUAAGUGAAUUCAAGUGCAUGAAGUGAACGAAAUAACGAAAAAGAAGAAAGAAAGAAGAAAAAAAUACCAAAUUCAAAUAGAAUUGGAAAUAGAAAUUGAAGCGAAGCGAAAACGCAUGAAAUAACAACAAUUAGAAAAUAGAAAGAAAAAAGAAAUACCAAAAGUGAAAUAAUAAAAGCGAUAAAUCCAAGCAAUGCAACAGCAACAACAACAGCAGCAACACCAACACCAACAGCGAGAAGAAGAACAACAACAAAAGCAGCCGCAGCAGCCGCAGCAGCAGCAACAGCAACGAGGAGAGUAGUGUGUGCGACGUGUGCGUGUGUGUGUGUGUGUGUGCAGUUAGCACGCGACUUGUGUGCGUGAAUAAUGAAGAAGAAGCAGAAGCAAAACAGCAGCAGAGGCAAAGAGAGGCGCAAAGAGCAGCAACGCCAGCGUCAGCAGCAGCGACAGUGACAGCGACAGCGACGGUAGCAGAGCCCGAGAGAGGCGUCGUCAGCAGCAGCAGCGCAAGCAGCAGCAGCAAUUCGCGACGCAGCAGCAGCAGUAGCAACAACAACAACAAAUAGCAAAAACUGAGCAGCGUUCGGCAAAGCGCAAUCAAACAAACAACAACAACAUCAGCAGCAGCAGCAGCAACAACAACAACAACAAUUGCAGCGGCAGCAACAACGACAACAGCAGCGGCAGCAAAGCGCCGGCAGCAGCAGCAACGACCCACGACGCCAAUUAGCGGCAACGGCGGCGGCAGCAACAGCAGCAGUCGCAGCCGUAGCCGCAGCCGCAGUCGCAGCAGCAGCGCUAGCAGCAGCAGUUGCAGCAGCCGAAGCAGCAGCAACGACAACAACCACAACAGCCACAACAACAACAACAAUAACAAUAAUAAUAAUAAUCAUAAUAACAGUAAACUGAACAUGUCGAAAACAACAACUGCAGCCGCUGCCGCAGCAGCAGCAGCCCAAGCGGCAGCAACAUCGUCGGCAGCGCAGCAGGCAGCGGUCGCAGCGGCAGCAGCAGCAGCUGCAGCGCAAGCAGCGGCAGCAGCCAACAGCAGCAGCAAUGCAGCCGAUUUCAGUGCAUUCGAUUUUAACGAUAGCUCCGAUAAUUCCGAUACGCCUUUAGUGCCACGCGCGCCUUUCUUGAGUCGCGCUGCUGCGGCGGCGGCGGCAGCGGCUGCAGCUGCAUUGAGCGCCAGCAGUGGCAGCAACAGCAACAGUAGUAGCAGUAGCAACCACAACAACAGCAACACCAACAAUAACAACAGCAGCAGCAGCAAUGUUGUUGUCAACAACAGCAACACCAACAACAAUAAUAACAAUAAUAAUAACAGCAACAGUAACAGCAACAACAACAACAACAGCAUUGCCAACGCGCGGCAUCGCAGCAGCAACAUGAACAACAAUAGCAAUGCCAGCAGUCGCAGCAGCAGCAGCUCACAAAGCAGCGACGACAGCAACCACGGCACAACGACAACAACAACAAAAACAACCACAACAGCAGCAGCCGCAGCACAAGCCCAAGCAGCAGCAGCAGCAGUGGUUGCUGCCGCAGUGAAUGCGCUGCACAAUGGCAAGCAGCAGCAGCAGCAACAACAACAACAGCAGCAGCAACAUCAUUACAACAACGGCAGCAGCAGCAACAAGCAGCGUGAUCGCGACUUGGAUGACGAUGAAGAGGAAGAAGAACCGCUUGAGGAGGACGAGGAUGAUUACGAUGAUGAGGAUGACGAAGACGAGGAUGCCAUGGAUCACCACAACAACAACAACAACAACAGCAGCAGCAACAACAACAACAAUAACAGUAGUAGCAACAACAACAACCUGAACAACAACAAUGUGGUUUCAUUGCCAACCGAUCUGCGACAUGAGCAACAAGCGAACUACGACGACGACGACGACGAAGAUGAUGAGGACGAUGAUGACGACGAGGACGAUGACGAUGAUGUCGAUAGUCGGACAGCGUUGACAGCAACACAUUUGGGCAGCUCGGCUGCUGGCGAUAGCAGCGGCUUGCACAUGAGCAUUGCUGCGGCAGCGGCAUCGGCGGCGGUUGCUGCCGCAGCGGCAGCCAAAUUGAAUGCAGCCAAUGUGGCUGCUGCCGCACAGCUGGAGCAUCACAGCCAGAAUGCAACGACAUCGGUGCUGGACAUGGUGAGCAAUGCGGCAGCGGCUGCUGCUGCUGGCAUCGGCAACAUUGUUGUGGCACCCAACAGUUUGAUUGGCGGUGGCAACGGCGGUGGUGUUGGUGGCAACAGCAACACCAGUUUCUCCACCAACAACAACAGCAGCAACCAUGCGCUGGGCAACGAACAAUUGUCGUCUCGUCACAGCAGCAAUUCGCAUCAGCAGCAACAACAACAGCAGCAGCAGCAACAACAACAGCACCAGCAACAACAUCAGCAGCAACAUCAUCAACAGCAACAACUCCAGCAGCAGCAUCAGCAGCAACAACAUCAGCAAUCCAGCAACGCUGGCAGCGGCAGCGGCAGUGGCAGCGCUGCCAGCGAACGUCGCAAGUAUCGGCAUCAGAACUACAGCAAGAACAUCUACAUUGGAACCAAGAAUGCCGAGAAAUGGGAGCACAUGCGCACUCGAUUGCAGUUCAAGAACGAUGUCGAGUUCGUUGCGUAUCUCCUCAAUCUGGCCGACAACGACACCGAUCGACUGAACAACCUGCCUCCGCCUUCGCCGGCGCACACGCCCACCAAGGGAUUCGAUGGCAACUUCAAGCUGGAGCCCAAUCUGAGUGUCAAGGACUUUGCGCCGCCUUCGUCGUCUGAGAAUGUCAAUCUCAAUCUCAAUGGCAACGGCAACGGCAGCCUGGAGUCUGUGGGCGGCGGCGUUGGAGGCGUGGCAACGCAACCGCAACGCAAACGCUACAAGAAGCGAGUGCAAUUCAACACGGAUGCGCUCAACGGUUACACGGGUGGCAAGGUGAAAGCGGCGGCCGCUGCUGCUGCGGCUGCUGCUGCUGUGUACAACAACAGUGGCUACAACAACAACAAUAACAAUAACAACAGCAACAACAACAACUCAAGCAGCGGCAGCAGCAAGUCAAAGAAGCAGGAGGCAAAAGCAGCGGCAGCGGCACUCAAAGCGGCAGCAGCAGCCGCUGCAGUGGCAGCAGCAUCGACAGCGUUGCCCGAAGUGCUCGACUGUCGCAUUGCCGAGAAGAUCAAGAGCGAACUGGAGGCAAGCGGCGCUGGCAAAGAGUCGCUCCCCAAUGCACUGUGCCUCAAAAAGGCGGCGGCAGCAGCGGCCGCCGCAGCAGCAGCAGCCGCAGCGGCGCAACACAGCGACGAUGAGGACGACGACGAUGAUGAUGGCUCACAGCUGCAGCAAUCGCAAUCAUCGUCGCAGCAGCAACAACAUCAUCAGCAUCACCAGCAACAUCAUCACCAGCAGCAGCAACAACAACAGCAGCAACUGAGCCUGGGACACGGCAGCGCUUCGUUGCUGGCAGCUGCUGCUGCUGGUGGCGCCGAUCUUGUGGAUGCGGGCAGUGCCAGCAAUGGCCAGCUGGGCAAUUUCCAUGUGCGCUCCAAGAGCCAAGGCGGCAAGAACUCCAAGUCCGCCAAAGCAGCUGCAGCAGCGGCCGCAGCAGCAGCAGCCGCAGCGGCAGCAAUGAUGCCUCCGAAUAGUUACGAUGAGCCGGAAGAUGAUUCGGCAGCGGGCGGUGGGGAUGAUGAUGACGACGAUGACGAGGAGCUGGACGAGGAGGCGUUGGCACGUGAAAUGAAAAUGGAGCAAAAUUUCGUGGAGGAGGAGGACGAACAUGAUAUCGCAUUCCGAUCGCAGCAAUCGUGUCGCGAAUGUUCCAUUUCGCAUGAUCACAAGCUGUGUCCGUUGCGCAAUGCCUGCGGCAAUGUGACGGAUGCCGUUGAUCUGGCCGAGUGGAUUGAACGACGCAAUCUCGAGGCGCUGGCCAAGCUCAAGGCGGAUGCACAGCGGCAGGCGAAGCAUGGCCGGCCACGGCACGAUGACGACGAGGAUGACAUGGAGGACAUGGACAUGGAUGAGUCGUCGCAGCUGUCGGAGCUGGAGACAAAGCCCCUGAUCACGUUCGCCGAGGCAUCGGUGCCCGCCGAAUUCGAGCUGCACAACGUGGAGCCGAAUGUCACUGGCGUCUUUGCCCGCACCGAGGUGCGAGCGUACACGAAGCUGGGGCCACUCAUCGGACAGCCGGUGCAGACGGGCGAGGUGCGUGAAGGGAGCGACAUGAAGUGGAUCUUCGAAAUGUGCGAAGCGGGUGCGGAUAAAUCGUAUUUGCUCUGCUGCGACAAUCCGAAUGCGUCCAAUUGGCUGCGCUUCAUUCGACCGGCGCCGUGCUACGAGGAGCGCAACGUGAAUCUGGUUUCGAUCGAUCGACAGGCGUACUUUGUCAGCUGCCGGGAUCUGCGCAAUGGCAUGGAGUUGCUCUACUGGAGCGACGACUGCAACACAAUGUGGCGCAAAAAGCACACGGAGAAGACAAAUUGCGGCGGCUGCAAUUUGAAGUUCGAGCAUCCGCUGUACUAUCGCACCCACUGCUCAGUGUUCCACGAUCCAUCGAUGAGUCUGACCAUACGCAAGUAUCACUGCAAGGUGUGUGGCGAGGCGGUGCUGGGCAAGGACAAUAUCAUGAAGCAUGCGGCGGAGAAGCAUGAUGGGAAGGGAGCGUAUCAGUGUCAGUUCUGCAACAAGUUCUUUCUGCGCCUCAACUAUCUGGAGAUGCAUCGCACUUAUGGUUGUGCCUCGAAUCCGAAUCGAUCGCGGCCCGUUUGUGAUUUUUGUGGUCGCAAAUUUUGCCAGCCGCAAAAGUUGAAGGCGCACAUCAAACGCGUGCACAGCGAUAUGGCUGAAGUUUUACGAGAUUUUCAGUGUAAAUUAUGUUCAAAACUUCUAGGAUCGCGUGCGGCACUGCAGCGACACUCGAAGGAGGUGCACAGCCGCAACUCGACAGUGGUGAGCUGUCCCCGCUGCCAGAAACUCUUCCAGAACCGCAGCAAUCUGAAGAUACACAUGCUCACGCAUUCGGGUGUGCGACCCUUCAAGUGUGCGGAACCGGAAUGCAAUGCGGCGUUCACGACAAAGCAGUGCCUGCAAUUCCACUACAAGAAGGUGCACAACUACACCCAGGAACAGAUGCCAAAGAUAGAACGGAGUGUGGCAUACACCUUCGAUGCGUAUUCGGGUGGAAUGAAGGUUGACUUUUUGGAGCAAGCGCCGCGUCGCCGUCGCAAGAGUCUCGAGGAUCAGAAUCAAAACUCCAUGCUGAGCAGCUCGAUGCAAAGCGACACCGAGUACAGUGAUGACAACAUCUUUGAGGCGAUCAAGAAGAGCGGCAAAUCGAUCAAGGAUCUCUGUCGCAACGAGCCAAAUCUCUCGCUCCUCAGCUCCAAGAUCUCCAGCAUCUUUGGCGACAAGGUGGCACAAGUGGCACAGCCCUCGGGCAAUGUGGCGGUGCCGGGACGCAAGCGUAAACGCAAACGCGAAACGGCAACAACACUCGCUGCCCAGCAGCAACAUCAGCAGCAUCAGCACCAGCAGCAGCAGCAACAACAGCAACAUCAGCACCAGCAGCAGCAACAACAGCAACAACAACAGCAGCAGCAACUGCAACAGCAGCAGCAACAACAGCAGCAGCAGCACGCCCAGCAAUGCCAUCAGCAACAGCAGCAGCAACAGCAACAACAACAGCAGUUGCAUGGCAGCCAUCUGGAUCAAUCGCCAUCGCAUCUGUCGCAUCAUCAGCAACAGCAACCGCAGUAUCACGCCCACGCCCACAGUCACAGUCACGCCCAUGCACACGCCCAUGCACACCAGCAACAGCAGCAGCAACAACAGCAGCAGCAACAGCAACAGGUGUCCGCCCAUCAUCAGCAGCAGCUGCACGAUGCCGACGAGGAGGAGGAGAAUGUGCGGCUGGAGCAAGUGCGUCGCAAGCAGAACGCACAGCUGAGCCUGGUCGAAUCCUUCCUCACGACAACCGCACAACGUUUGAGCGCCCAGCAGCAGGUGCAACAGGUGGUUGCCGCUGCCGCUGCGGUCUCUGCCAUGGCGGGCGCUGGCGAAGAUCCGGCCAAGCUGGGUCACAUGAUGGGGCACAUGGGUGGCGUGGGUCUGGACGAUGACGAUGACGACGAUGAGGACGAUGAUGAGGCGACGGCACAUCAUCAUCACCAGCAGCAACAGCACCAACAGCAGCAGCAGCAGCAACAACAGCAGCAGCAGCAACACCAACAGCAGCAGCAACAGCAACAGCAGCAACAACAUCACUCACAUCAAACGCAUCCGCAUCCACAUCACGCCCAUUCCCAUGCGCAUCAGCACGCCCAACAAUCGGCGCAACAAACGCACGCCGAUGCCAGCUAUCGACACGCUGCCGUGGCGAUGAAUGCGGCCCUUGGGCAAAAUCUCGUGGUUAGCAAGGGCAGCAAAAAGUGGAUCGGUGCCGAUGAUCGGCAUCUGAGCGAUGGCAGCGAGGUGGCCAACGAUGCCAGCGUCUCGGGUGCCGGUGGCCCCGGAUGCGGUCAGCUCUCGAGUGGCGCCAGCUCUGGUCAGGAUCUCGGUUUCGCUGUCCCGCCCAGCGCCGUCGAUGUGGAGCACAGCAAGCUGCUUGGCCAGAAUCGCGACUUCCUCGCCCGUCUCAUGAGCAGCGCAAGUGCCAGUCAUGCCAGCCAUCAGCAUCAGCAUAGCGCGCACAGUCGCGAGGAGGAUGAGAACAGCUCCUUUCUCGAUGUCGUCGAGUCCAACAACAAUGCAGCUGCUGCCGCUGCAGCCGCUGCCGCCGCCGCUGCCAUGUCACAGUAUCAGCAUAGUGCUGCCUCUGGCAAUGGGGGCGCUGGCAGCGGCGGUGGCGGAGGUGGUGGUGGUCCGGGCAGCGCCGGUGGCCCCGUUGGCGAUGGUCCGCUAACGCCGACGGGCGGUGGAACGGCGCCGAGCAGCGUGGAGCCGCCACAGAUGCAGAUGAACUCGCUCAGCCACUCGCAGUCGUUCAUGAGCUCGUUCUACAACAAUGCGAACGCAAGACUGAGCGGCGCCGGCGCGAGCGUUGGCGUUGGCGCCAACUCCUCAUCGGCCAGCAUGCUGGUGGAGGCGGCCCUCAACUCCGUUGGCAAUAUGAUUGACAGCGAGAGCAGCGAUCUAAAGGUACCCACCGAGAACCACAUCAACAGCGACAGUCCGAUGAGCGCACACGUCGAUGCGGAGGCGCAACGCUUCGGCAGCGGCGGUGGCAGCGGAGCGAACGGUCCGGGCAUUGGCACGACGAUGGACAACCUGGAGAACGAGCUGAAGAUGAUGAAGAAUCUGGGCAGUUUUCCAAUGCAAAUACCGCCGCUGCCCAUGUUCCAAGGCGCCUGCAACAUAUCGCCGAGUGCAUCGACGCCAACGAAUCCGCAGAGUAACCAGAAUCAGAACGAUGUCGAUGUGGAUGCGGGCAGCACGCCGCGUCCUCAGCAUCCCGAUUCCGAUGGCUUCUCAUCGUCGCAUCAUCGCACGCCGCCUUCACCGCCGCCCAUAUCGCCGGGUCGCGAUUAUGGCGGCAUGUUUGGAGCCGGCAAUGGAGCUGGCGGUGGUCCCGGCUCCAAUAGCACGCCAGCGGGCAGCUCAAGUGGCGGCGGUGGCGGCGGCGGCGGUGGCACCACAGCUGGUGGCAACAAUCUGUCAGCAUCGUCGCCGUUGCCGGCGUUGCAGCCACAGCGACGCAAUGCGUCCAGCGUGGGCAGCACAUAUCCGGAGCAUGAGCUCAUCUCGCCCGCAUCGUCGCCGAGCAUACCGCGCUACAACUUCAAUGGCGACAUGAUGCGACACAAGCGUGCCGUCCAGGAGCAGGAGCAGCAGGAGCGACGCCACAACAUCUCGCGGCACAAUCAGAUGUCCAGCGACGAGGAGAACAGCAUCAUGCCGCAGAACAGUGCUGGUCAGGACAUGCGCAUGAAGUUCCCGCAAUCGCAGAUCGAUCUCAUGUACUCCAAGUACGAGAGCAUGGCCAGCAAUCUGAAGUACAACAGCCAGGACCUCGACUCACCCGCCGAGUACCGCCAAAGCAGCAACAGCAAUGCAGCGAGUGCGGCAGCUGCAGCGGCUGCAGCAGCCAGCGCUGCGAAUGAUAUGUCCGAUCUGCAGGGCUUGGACAUGAGUUCGCGAUCGAAUGCAUCGAGCAAUUAUCAUCACAAUUUCCAGCUACCAAGCAGUCGCUACCAUCAUCAUAUCUACGAUAUAUUGUCGGAUCGGGAGCAGAGCCAACAGUCGCAGGCCCAACAGCAAUCGGCGGCCUCGGUGGUGCAUCAACAGGAGCAUGGCAGUCAUGGUGGCCACAGCAGUCAGCUGGCAAUGCAGCAGCAUCAGUCGGCGGCAAUGCAUAAUAUGUUGAGCGAACAGUUGGGCGAACAGGAGCACGAUCAGACGACAUCGGUGGACCUGAGUCGAACGGCCAAUUAUGUGGUAUCAUCGCCACCGCAAUUGCCGUACAAUCAUCCGCAUCAUGAUAUGCUGCGCAUGGCAUCGUUGGAUCUGACACCGAAUACCGCCAACAUGGCGGUGGGCAACAAUCGCUCGUUUCUCUCAUCGCAGAUGCAGCACCAGAGUCGCGAGAGUCUCGAGCAUCAUCGUCUGCUCUCCACCGUUGAACAGCAUCGCAUUUUGGCCGCCUCGAAUGCAGCGGCCGCCGAUCCACAUCGGCUGCUCGUCGAUCCCACAGCGCAUUUGCUGAUGGAGCAGAACAAUCGAUUGCUGGGCACAGCGGAUCAAUCCCGGCUGCUUGGCGAAUCGGCGGCGGCGGCAGCGCAAAAUCGUCAUAUGGCCCGAAGUUUUGGUGCCUACCAUCAGGUGGCAUCGAGCAAUUAUCAUCCGGGUGUUAGGCCGCCACCGGUGUUGCCAUCAGCCAAUCAUCAUGCUUCCAAUCCGUCGAAUUAUCAUCCAUUUCCUGCCUACUACUAAUAGUAGGUGGCAUCGAAGCACCUCCCCAAACACUUUUCCACUGCACAGCUAGUCCAGGCUCUAUUCUAUACAGACCCAAUUCCAAAUGACAAACAAACUCGUAUAUCCUAGAUAUGCUAUUGUUGAACUUUUUGCGGGACUAAAGUGCAAUAUCAAUGAGUGACAAAGAGUGCUGGUCAGCAUCAGCAUCAGCAUCCACCCGUUUAAUUCCCUUAUACUAUUGUAUCCGAUAAGCAUUUUAAGUUAAUCAUUUUCAUCUUUUUUUUAUAUGCAUAUUCAAUAUAUAUUAUAUAUAGUUCAAUUUGAAAGCGCAAAUAUGUUUUAAACGUAACAAAAAGUUUUGGUUCCUCGGUUCUUAUCGCAUGUACUACAAUACAUAUGUACUUAAUUCAACUAAGCCGCAAAUAAAUCGUCUUAAGCUAUGCAAAACAAAAAAACAAAAAAAAAAAAAACGAAAUACAAAAAAACUACCCAAAAAUACCGACAACAAAAAAAUACCAAACACAUACCAACUUAUGCGAUGUCGCAUUACGUUCAGUUUCUCAACUAUUAUGCCUAAAUAUAUGUGAAAAUAUAAUAAAAUAUAAUAAAAAAACAAAAACAAAAAUGAGAAAAAUACCAUAAAGUGUGCCAAUAUGUUUAAGUGUAAAUUCAGUUUUUUUUUCUCGCAAAAGCGCUGGCAAACUCUAUGAUUUUGUAACAAUAAUAACAAUAUGUAUAGUUGUAAAUGUAUAAAAUAAACAUCUAAUAAUAACCAUUUCAAUAACAAUGCAAACUAAUAUGCAAAAAUGCUAUAAUUUUAAACAAUUUGCCGCUGAGUUUGUAUAAAAACACAAAUAAAGGAUUGUAUAAAGGAAUAAAUAACGAAAGCGAAAUUACAAUAACAUUGCUAUUUUUACACCAAAUAAUGCGAAAAUACCAAGAAAAAUUUAUAAACGAGUACAAAGUGUUGAGAAAAGAUGAGUGAAAAGGGCAUAUUUCAAUAAAACGACACAAAAAUGUAACAUCCAUUUGGCUAUAUCCAACUACAAAUCCCCAAAAACAAAAUAAAGCCCCAUACAAGCUCAGCGAUAAAGAAAAAAAAAAACGAAAAGGAAACGACAGAAAAUGUAAUGAAAAUACCAGUAUCUAAUAUA